CCGGGUUCAGAAGCGAACCUCAUGACGUGCCUUUUCUCUUUAAAAACGCAAAGAACUUUAAAGGGAGCGCGGCUGGGGAUGACCGUUCACAAAGUGCCGGCUUCCGUCCUGUACCAGAUUGAGCAGGAGCUGGACAAAGGCGAGAAGGACACCAUGCUGUUCCUGUGCCAAGACCUCGUGCCGGACUUUCCCGUGAUGGACGUCAGGAUGCUUCUGGUGGCUUUGAACGAGAGGGAAUUGCUGACGCACGGCAUUCUGGCCGAGCUGUUGUACAGAAUGAAGAGGUUUGACUUGCUAAAGAAAAUCCUGGGAACCAGCAGAGCGGCUGUGGAAACCAGUUUGGCCAGGAAUCCGUGGAUAUUGUCGCCUUACAGGGUGUUGAUGACUGAAAUCAAUGAGGACCUUGAUAAAGAAGACUUGGAGUCUUUCAUUUUCCUUCUGCUGGAUAAUUCCAGCAUGUCCUACAUGAAGAAAGCAAAAGAAAAGAGUUUCCUGGGAGUUAUAAACGACCUAGAGAAGCUAGAGCUGGUGUCGCCUGACCAGUUGGAUUUCCUAGAAAACUGCCUGUUGAACAUCCACAGGAGAGACUUGGUAAAGAAGAUCCAGAAGCACAGACUGGAAGCUCCAGUUCACACCGUUGGCUCCGCUCCUGUGUACAUAAACGUGCUUCAGGUGUCACUCCCUGGGCUGUCUCUCGCCGAACCUCCAGGGAUGGUGAACAAAGGGAAACUGCUAAAUGGAUCGGGAGCCAUUCAGAAAGAACGGGUCCCCGUAUCAGUUCCAGAAACCGGAACAGCUGUGACUCAGGUAUCUGACCACUACAGAAUGCAGAGCCAGCCUUUGGGAAUAUGCCUGAUCAUAGACUGCAUCGGCAAUGAUACAGGUGUCCUGGUUGAAGCCUUCGCCGCUCUGCGCUUUGAAGUCCAGAGUUGCCUGUUCCUAAACGUGAACUCCCUGUCGCAAAGACUGCGCGAAGUGGCUGGACUGAAGCAGCACAAGGACUAUGACUGCUUUGUCUGCGUCGUGGUCAGCCGAGGGAACCACCAGGACAUCUUCUGCACCGACUGCGCCUUGCCUGGCUUUGCUCUGGAGAAGGUGAAGAGGUUUUUCACUGGAGAUAAAUGCACCGGUCUCUUAGGGAAACCGAAGCUCUUCUUUAUCCAGAACUACGUUGAGCCGGGACAUCGGCAAGAGCAGAGCAGCUUCGUGGAGGCAGAUGGAGAUCUCGGGCCGGCGAUCCCCCAGGUAGCGGACAUUCUCUGGAGCCAGAGCAUGGUGGACGCGUCGGCCUUGGAGAGGUCACCCAGCUCGUCCUCCUACUAUCUGUCCACCCUGGCCGAGCUUUUGACUGAUCCACGCAAAAGGAUGUUGCCUCUGCUAGAUACUCUUCUGGAGCUGAACAACAGAGUUUACAAGAGGAACAGAGAUCACCCUACGGAACAAUACUCGCUCCUGUUAAAGCACACCCUGAGGAAAAAGCUUUUCCUUUCACGAAGCUAG